AUGGACAAUCUGGUCGAAAGCAUUGAAAGCUUGCGUUUCAAGAACAAGAACAUCGAGGGCCGAUUUUUCGUCCCUGGGGGAGAGUUGAUCAGUGUAAUGUCUGAGCCUCGAAUUCGUAUGGCUCUCCAUGAACUUGGGCUACCCUUGUAUCAACACGAAGAGAUUCUUGGUAGAAUUGUCAAAGGGGCGAGGCGUUGCUUUGCCAUUCUACUCUUGAGAAAAUGCGGUCGCUUGAUUCUGGACUUCUUUAGCAAAGAUGCUCUGCAAAGGUCGCAUCCUGACGAUCGUCUCCCGUUCGAACCAAGCUCACUUGCCGCAUUGUUCGGUGUGGAAGUUGAUGAUCUUAAGGUGCAGCGCUUUCUCGAGAAGCAAUGGGAAUUCUCCACUCCGUUCUUUUCCCGGAUGCUAUUGACGCGCGAACUCGCGCAAGGGACAAUACUCCCUAUCAUCCAUCAAGAGUCGAUAGGUGAGGGUUCUUUCGGAAGUGCAUACAUAACCACGAUACAUCCUCAAUGUCAUGAACUGCCCAUCGCAGCAAACAAGGUCGUGAGAAAGGAGAUCAAGAAGUCUGCGGGACAAGCAGAGCAUGCUUUCGCGCAAGAGCUCCGCAAUCUGUCCCUGUUAUCGCAUCUCAAACACCCGAACCUUGUAGAGCUUUUCUGCUCCUACCGCUUUCGCGAUACUUAUACGUUCGUGUUUGAUGUGGCAAACGGGGGUACUCUUGCGCAGCUGCUUCGCGGAGACUUGGUAGCGCCGUAUUUCUCGAAUCCCGAACCCUCAUCACGUCACAAUCAUCCGCUGUUCGCAGCUUUGGCGGACCUCGCUUCUGCUGUUGAAACUGUACACAACUUCUCUUCGGUUGUACUGGAUGUGAAGCUGACAGGAUGCCACCACGACAUAGCUCCACGUAACAUCUUCAUCCGUGAUAAGACUCUUGUUCUCGGAGACUUUGGGCUAUCUACCUUCAAAGCUCAAGAAGAAGGUUCCUUGACAGCUUUCAAGGAGAUUAGAUCAGACUACGCCGCACCCGAAUGCCAACGAUUUCAAGACACUCUGAUCCAAACCGCCGAGGUCACGAGAGCAAGCGACAUAUGGUCUUUUGGUUGUAUCCUUGCUGAGGUCGCAACAUUCUUGGCCGAAGGCUCUAAGGGGGUGGAGAAGUUCCGAGAAGCUCGAUGUCACGAUGUGACGAACGAGAUAACUUGGUUCAGAUUCCACCACGGGCCCGCUGGGCCAAGCCUUGAAGUGCAAAACUGGCUGAUGUCACUUCGACAGCGGGGCACGAGCCCAGGAACUUCCCUCAUAACGCUUUGCGAAGAGAUGUUAUCUUUCGAACCUACACAGCGCCCGAGGGCAGUUGAGGUCAUGCUAAGAUUGCAGUACAUAGCUGUGUUUGGCCUGGCUCGUCUCGUAUCAGCAUCUUGGGAGCAGCUUGGAGACUUGAAGGGUGCCGCCGAUCUAAGACUGGGGCGAAUGAAUUUCGAAGGUUGGAGUAAUGCCUUUGAGACAUUCUAUCACGACAGGCUAUGUCAGCAGCCCCAAGGUGAUGAGGUACCGACAUUCCAGUUUGAGCUGAUUCAAAGCGAGCUCCAAGACAUGUCCGCAUUUCUCGACAGUCUCGUAGACAAGAACGACGACUACAGGCGCCGAUGCUCCAAGCAGGUCCACCAAAUCCAUGUUCGGUUACUCGGUGCACUCCCCAUUCAUUGCCGCGACUUGGCCAAAACUCAUUCGGAACAAUUGAUAUUGCAAGACGUCCAAAUCCAUGGUUUCAAUUUCGGCCCGGCGGCAGGGGCCAGUAAUGCUGUGAGCCACGAACUCGGCUUACUCGUUACUGUGAAGCUGUUGAUCGAAAAGGAGCGGCAGGGGCUUCUGAGCGAAAAGCGUGGUCUCUUCCUUAAAGAUCAGGAUGUCAAACUGCUCGAUGACAUUGAGCAACAUACCCGGGCUUUAAUAGAGCGAAGCGAGGGUAGAUUCCUGGUAGAAUGGGUGGAAUACAGCUUUGCGUGGGCAGAUGAUGAGACGGGAAGACAGUUCCGGGACCGUGUUGCUUCGGUAGCAGGCUUAAUGCACAAUGACGACGCCGCCCGGAUUCCGACGAAGGAAGCAGACCGAAAAGAAUGGGCACAAACACCGAUCAUGCUAGGAUUCGCUAGCAGUCGACAGAACGAGGCGGACGCUGCUACGCUUGGCCCUGACAACAGACUGAACUACCACCACCCGGACUAUCUGCAGAACAAAUCGAGAUAUCGUCAGGAGUACGACUAUUACAGCAUGGGUAUGAUGCUUUUAGAAAUCGGACAUUGGGCGCCACUGGUGAAGCUUACUGAGAACGCCAACCUGCAAGAGAUUUUGGCACUGGCACAAUCCCGCGAAGUCGACUUCCUCCCUUUGAUCCAUCAGCCAACUCUUGGAAACGUAGGUGCUGGCUUGACUGCAGUCGUGAAUCAGCGUUUUAUCAGGAAUGACCUGGAGCUUGCAUUCAAGGAAGUCAACUCCGGGAGUGCCUUCCUGCGAGAGCUCAGCUUUGUGAGCGCACGCGCGCUCCGGGCACACCCCUUCAUUACUAAGUUACAAGGUAUCGGCUGGAGUGUGGACAGUAGGAAAGAGGGCAACAAAUGGGUUAUCAAGCCGGUUCUGGUCUUCGAGAAGGCCACACAUUCAACAUUGUGGUCCUUUAUGCACACUCGCGAAGGCGGUUCUCUCAGCUAUAAGCAAAGAAUAAGUAUUUGCAUUCAGCUCGCAAUCGCUGUCGCGGAUCUGGAAGACCAUCGCAUCAUACAUGGCGACAUCAAACCAAAGAACAUAUUGGUCUUCGUCGACGGGGUUGAAAACGGUGCCGUUACCAUUCAACUUGCCGAUUUCGGGCACUCCAGUGCAGUACCAGAUGAGGCGCCUGAUCUACACGUUAUUCUUCCCGAAUCACGCCCGUGGUCAAUACCCCCCAACGAGUAUCGUCAUACUGGAUUCCAUCUCUUAGAUGCUCAGCGGGCGAUGUCUUAUUCGUGCGCUCGCCCCACGUCGAUAGAUACUCCUCUCCAAAUCUUGAGGGACUGCUUCGAAGCCUGCACGAAGGACGAUGAUCCCGAUCCACCGUGCGUUACUGAAAAACCGCUGGCGGUAGCCCCGAGCAUGACCUACGAUGCGAUUCGAAAGAUUCCGGAUGUCUUGAAUUGGUUCGAUGUUGUGCAAGGGUUAUUGCAGCUCUCCGAUGUGGACUACAGAGUUCGAGUCAUGAUUUUCGACAGUCUAAUCAUUCGAUACCAGGAGGUGUUGCAUGAGCCGGACAUGACGCGUCUACGCGAUGCAAUAGCCCUGGAAAUUGCUUCAUGCUACUGGCUUGGUUUUGGCACGAAGAGAGAUGAAGCUCUAGCGAAAGUUUGGUUGGCAAAACAUACGCCAAACCAAGGUUUCUUCGACUAUCGCCUCACAAAACUCAAGAACACACUUGGAAGUUGUUACCUCUGGUGGACAAAGUUGUCACAGCAAUUACAGAUUGGACAUCUGGACUUCACGAAUGACAUGCAAUACUACCGAGACCAGCAGCAGACACAAGCGAUACUGGAAGUCGAGCGUCGAGAGUUGGAAGACUGGGAAGAAGUACUAGGUCCUGGACACUUCAUUGUGUCCUCAAGAAGCUUGGCAGUAUGUGAAAAGCUCAUCAACAUUGGUAUGCAGGACGAAGCAAUUGCUCUGACUCAGAGUAUGUAUGAUCGUUCGGAAGCGGUUCUACCGUCCGAUCAUGUUGCACUGAAUGCGUUACGAAGUUCGCUAGUCAAGUUGUAUUUGAUGGAAGACCGCCUGACCGAAGCGCGCCAAUAUUUGUUCGAGUUGCAUCCGGAACUGAAGGACGAAAGAAGCAGAGUCAAGCUUUUGGAGGAUGUAAAUGAUGCAGUCUUUUUAAGAGACAGUGCCAAUUACAUCCUCCUAGCCGUUCUGGAAACCGGCAUGAAGCGCUACAAAAAGGCAGACACAAUCUACAGGCUGGUCAUACCCCGCAUGUGCAAACUUCUUGGCGACCGAAAUCUGCAAUGCGUCAGAGCGCGAUACGACUGGGCUAUGCAUCACAGCUACCGAGGCAACUAUCCAAAAGCAUUGGAGUUACUGGACCCUUUGUACAAGGUUACUGUCUCCAACUACGGAGAAACGCACGAGCUAUCUCUGCUGGUUGCGCAAUCGCGGGUUGAGCACCAAGUUCGUUUGCGAAUAUAUCGAAAGACUUGGGUUGGCCGCUUCGCUAGUCGGAAAUUCCAAAUGUGGUUCUACAAAGAGCCUAUUGAAGCUGCUCAGGCAUACCUUGGAAACGAUCACCCGUACACUAUAAUGGCUAUCAACCGCGGGGUAGCCGCACUAGCAGGGAAUAUUAGGUACAAAGAGGCCAUUGAGCUAGCGAAGUGCGCAGUGGAACUCGUAGAGAAGAGAUCUGGCAAGGGCUCAAACGCUGCAGAAUAUCAACGUGGCAGGCUCAAGCUAGUACAACAAAGUGCAUCAUUGCAUGGUAUUUUCUUCACCUGGGGCUCUUGGACUUUACGGUCACACGAGCCGUGGCGCUUCAGGGGAAUUCCUAUAUGGUGGAAAACCACGAAGUUUGAACCCUUCAAACUCGAUCUAACACUGGAUCCCAAUUACCGCGCAGAUAACGUAACCGCUUGA